AUGAGACAGGUUGGGCCUAUCCUUCCUCGUCGAGCGUCUUCUUCGCGUGGUCUCACUGUACUUCUUGCCCGAUCUUGCAGGAAGGCCUUCAUCCUAUUAUUGCCGACGUCGUCAUACAUCUUCGUCGUUACACCUUUCUCAACUUCUGCGACAUCGCAAGACCUAUCAUCGGCCCGCGCUUCAAACUUCGUCGUACAGGUCCAGAGGAAGGGUAAUCAGAGGACCCUUCUUCAGCCGCGGUUCCGCUGCAGUCUACGUUGCCGAGUAGUUCUGUGUCAUAUUUUCGUCAAGCUGACGCACCUAGCGUCCGGGCUGAAGCGAGAUUCCCGAGAAUCUAGAAUCUAGCGAUGGUUCGGCUUCGUAUGAUCGUCACACAACGUAGUCGGAACGACAGAUAUGGGUUUUCCUGCGAAGUCAUACAAUCGCAGGGGAGGUGGUUCGGUUAAUUAUAACUAACACUAAUGUUACGUAGUUCCUGUUUUAUCGACCUCCUACGUAGCUAUAAGUUGAAGAUAUUGUGAGAAUGUCGAAGUGAGCAUAAUUCUGCUCCUCUUUUAUAUUAGAACGUAUGAAGAACAGAAGUUCGUUUCCCUCGAAGAACAAGUGAACUGAUGGCUUUGCUUGAUGAGACAGCUUGAUUAUCUAGCUUGAGAAAGCAACAGACCAGGUCCGCACGCCACCCUCAGGGUUAGUGCCUCGUUCUUUUUCCAGGUCGUUUUCGUUCCCGGUCGAGUUCGUCCGAGAUCGAAAGGCUCUCGGUGUCUCGGCUGAACCUCUGUUAUAUUUGUGGAUUUCGACGUUCUGCUUCCGAGUUGGGUCUGUCGUUGUUGAUGGCUGAUCGUGUACGAUAUCAUUAGGAGCAGAAGCAUAUCAUGAGAGUUUUUGACAGAGUUCAAACAUCACACCGUCAAUCAUGUCUCUGGUUUCUGGCUGUGGCUAGAUCAUAGUUGUGGAAGUAAAGCAUCCAUCUCAACUAUCAGAUGAAAAAACAGCGAAGAUUAAAU